AUGGAUCUGGAGGAGACAUGCGAAGAAAGAGAGAACAUGGAGAGGAAAAUGACUCGAACUGCAGCUGCAAAGUUGGUGAAAAAGGCUUUCCUCGAAGCCCUGAAGUCCAAUGACUAUGAAACACUGGAAGAGCUCUUGAACCAAAAGAAAAUAGACGUGGACACGGUGUUUGAAGUGGAAGAUGAAAACCUGAUCCUGGCAUCCUAUAAACAAGGGUAUUGGCUACCUAGCUACAAAUUAAAAAUAUCCUGGGCAACUGGGCUUCAUCUAGCUGUCAUGUACGGGCAUCUGGAGAGUCUUUUGGUCCUGCUCAAUCACAAAGCUACAAUCAACUGCCGGCCCAAUGGAAAAGCUGCAAUCCACAUAGCGUGUGAAACAGCAAAUGUUGAGUGCCUCAAGAUCCUUUGCAACCAUGGAGCUAAGCUGAACUGCUUUUCAAUGAGUGGGCAGGCGCCCCUGCACUUCUGUACGACACGAACCUCCAUGCCUUGCGCCCAGCAGCUGAUUUGGAGAGGAGCAAACGUGAACAUAAAAACGAACAACCAGGACGAGGAGACCCCUCUGCACAUGGUCGCGCGUUUGGGUAUCCCCGAGUUCGUGGCCUUUUACGUGGAACAAGGGGCGCAGGUGGAUGCUCUCAAUGCCCACUUGGAGACCCCCCUGGCCUGCGCAGCCUACUGGGCCCUGCACUACAAGGACCAGACGUACAGCCCAGACCACCACCUCAUCUGUCGGAUGCUCUUAGACUAUAAAGCUGAAGUGAACACCCGUGAUGAGGAUUUCAAGUCACCACUCCACAAAGCUGCCUGGAACUGUGAUCACGUGCUGCUGCACAUGCUGCUGGAGGCAGGGGCAGAGGCAAACAUCAUGGAUGUGAACGGCUGUGCACCCCUGCAGUACAUCAUAAAAGUGACGUCUGUACGGCCAGCUGCCCAGCCUGACAUCUGCUACCAGCUGCUCCUGAAUCACGGAGCAGCCAGGAUAUAUCCUCUGCAAUUCCACAAGGUGCUGCAAGCCUGUCAUUCCCACCCCAGAGCUGUGGAGGUUGUCGUCAACACCUACGAGCACAUCAAAUCAACAUCUAAGUGGAAAGCAGCCAUACCUGAUGAUGUCUUUGAGCGGUACCAGGAUUUCUACGACUCGUUGUUCACCGUGUGCAGCAACUCACCGCGGUCGCUCAUGCACUUGUGCAGAUGUGCUAUUCGGGUGAUGUUGUCAGAAAGAUGCCACCGAGGAGUCCCCUUACUCUCCAUCCCCGUGUCCAUGAAGAAGUACUUGCUGCUGGAGCCAGAGGGGAUAAUCUACUGA